AUGGCACUGAAUACAGUGGAGUCACAGAAAGGAGUGCCAACUCUACAAGAUCCAGAAAGAGUUCUGCUGCGUUAUGGCAAUGUUCAGUUGACAUUGCAAGACAUGAAGACAAUGCCUGAAGCCUUUAAAGGCAAGAAGAAAGGAAAGGUUUUCCUCACACAGAAGAGGGUGAUAUUCAUACCAAAGGAUCAGUCCAAGCCAAUGAAGUCUUUCUCAAUGCCUUUUCAUUACAUUGAAGACUGCUCUGUCGAUCAGGGCUUCUUGGUAUCCAAUUGCAUCAAGGGUAAAAUUCAUGCUCAGCCUGGAGGUGGCUGGGAAGGAACAGCAACUUUCAAACUGUCAUUCAAUUCCGGAGGAGCAAUCGACUUUGGAAAGGCAAUGCUAGAUGUUGCCUCUAACGCAUUCAGAGGGCAAUCACCUUACAGACCUGUGGUGUAUGUCUAUGAAACAAUUAGCAUUAUACCAGCAAGAAACAGCACUUUUUAUUCGUCGGCCACUCCAGUUAUAGAACAGAGUCAACAACAAUAUACUUAUGUUCCUGGACCAGUACCACCAAGAGGUGGUUACUAUGUGCCAGUUCCUCCUAUGUAUGCACCUUAUGGACCUCCACCUCCAGCAUACUUUGGUACACACCCGCCUCCGAAUUUUGCUCCUGCCGGAACAUCAGCUGAUUUCAGCCCCCCAAUAACUUCAAUACCUAAUUAUUAUUCACCUCCUCUGAGUAUGGAUUCAGAACAGCCUGGUCAGAGCACUGCUGCGACUGAUAACACAGGGAAAGGGGCUGCCAAAUCAUAG